ACUUAGUUAAUGGAUUUGCAUGAACCUGAAACAAGAACACAAGUCAUGUCCAAAGAUUGCGAUGAUGAUUACAUAGACAUGGAGAUCAACCUCUCUUCUUCUUCUUCUUCUACUACAUCUCAGUCCUCAUCAAGCUUCAUCAGCUUCGACGUCACCUCCUCUCCGCCUCAUAGCAGAGAGUUCGAGUUCCAAAUGUGCUCCUCCGCCUUAGCUUCCGGCGAAUCCACAACCUCUCCGGCCGAUGAUCUCUUCUACAAAGGUCAACUCCUCCCUCUCCACCUCCCUCCUCGUCUUCAAAUGGUCCAACAACUUCUUGCCUCCUCCUCCUCCACCGCCACAAAAGAUACUUUGACUUCCCCAUGCGCCGCCACAUCCUCCCCGAGGAGAGACAGUAGCAGUGAGAUCGAUGUAAGAGGAACCCUCACAAGCUUGCAUAAGAUCAAACAGUCAUCGAUAACUCAAAAGUUCAAGGCCUCACGUGCUUACAUAAGAUCCCUCUUCUCCAAACCAGCAUGCUCAGAUUCAUCAGAGAUCCAUCAAAAACUCAACAUCAAGAACUCUAAAUCCUCUAAAAGCAAGAACCCAUUAGAGAAACAAGAAUCAUCUCCAUUGAGUCACAGGAGAUCGUUCUCUGGUGUAAUACAGAGACCUUCUCCAGCAAAGUGUACUUCCUCGUCUUCUUCCUCGAGGUCUUCCAUUUCGUCUUCGUUUAGUUUUGGAUCAAACGGGUCUUUAGAUCUGCAGACGCUGAUGAGAAGCAGCAAUGCGAGCUUGGAGGUUGAUAACUCCAUCGAAGGAGCUAUUGAGCAUUGUAAGCAAUCUUUUACCCCAAGGAAGAGCAAUGUUGCUGAAUCUGAACUCUCUUCUUCAAGAACAUCUGUUUCUACUUGCGUCGACGUUGAGAAAUGA